UUGUAGUAUAGGAUAUGUGCCAGUCGAGCACUACCCUGUAGACGAACAUAUCUCAUUUAUGGCUCUCUAUUAACCCCUGACGAAGCACACCUUUUUGUGUCACGACGUUUUAAGUAGCUGUAAUUGAUAUUUAAAUGGAUGACGCCUAAAUGAAAGGGAAAUUAAAUACCUGCACAGCUAAUGAGCCAUUUGCUAUCCAAACGAAUCAAUCAAACAAAAGCGCAAAGGGUUAAUUACAGUGUAGGUGGCAGUAUAAUUCAAUGCUUUUACACAAUUUAAGUACACUUUCCGAUUUCCGUAUCGGGUAAUUGGAUUAUAAAAGCGACGAGGCAGUCAUUGCUUGGGUUCAUUUCGUACAGGCGCUCAAAAAGUCAACGGGAACUCGAAGGAUGGCCGAACUGUGGUAUACCCUAACAUUGCUCCUGCUAAACGGAUUUUUUGUGCGCGGCGAACUACCGCCAGAGAUUGACAAAUGCGCUGACGGCGAUGCGAACUGCAUUGUGGAAACCAUCAAUCGCAUUGUGCAGAAGUAUCCCAAGGGCCUGCCUGGCAUUGGACUGGAUGCCUUGGAUGCCAUAGACUUUCGAGAUGUAGUCGUUAGCGAGGCCACGCCCAAUACGCCCAUGCAAAUGAGUUUGAAAUUCAAUACAUUGAGGGUGUGCGGUUUCGAGAACACCACAAUCCGGCAUGCCAAAGGAUUUGAGAAGGUGCUGCGACAUGGCUUCGAGCUGGCCGGCUGGACGCCUCUGUUGCGCCUGGAUGGGCUCUAUGAGGCGGAGGGCAAGCUGUUGAUGCUGCCCAUACAGGGCAAGGGUGUGGCGCAGUUGGAACUGAGAGGUUGUCAAUUCACGUGCCGGGCAAAGGCAAUCGAAGAUCGGCGAACAACCGAUGGUAAACUUUAUGCUAAGAUCACCAAGCUCAAGUGUCUGGUGAAUAUAAAGGGCCUGCAUGUCAACUUUGAGAAUCUGCUUGACAACCAGGAGCUAAGCGACUCCAUGAAUGAGCUAAUCAACAACAACUGGCAGGAUGUGUGGAAUACCAUGCGCAAAGGUGUCAACUCGGCUGUUAACCAAUUGGCGCACACAAUUAUUAGCCGUGUGUUAGACAAAUUGCCCUACGAUGAUUUCUAUAAGCAAGUCCAAGAGUUGGAUGAUAACUAAUUAAAUGAAUAGCAUUUCAGGGUCUCAGAAAAAUCGUAAUAUACCCUUCUUAUUUUUUGUCUCAUAUAAGUUAUCUAAUAUCUUUUAUUCCCCUAACCUAACUUAACCCACAAUUUUAACUAGGAAAACCCUUAUCAUACAUGUUUUUUCCAAAAUAAUUUUCCAUGUUAUUAUAUAUCUUCUAUUCACACCCAUUACAAUCUUAACAAGAAGAAAAACACUUAUUAAAUAUUUUAACCUCAUAUUAAGAUC